CUGAUUUAUAAAUCACAGCGUGUUUAUAUUACGGUGCAAACUGCACGUGAACUGCGGACAAGAGUAUCAAAACAGCUGAAAUAGUGCAGAUGUCCUCGAAAGUACUUGUACUUGGUGGUGGUGGUCGAGAACAUGCAUUGUCCUGGAAACUGGCACAGUCACCAGAGGUGAAGGCUGUAUAUGUUGCCCCUGGUAAUGCCGGAACUGCCAGAUGUGGAAAGGUUGACAAUGUUGUAUUGAAUUUGAAGGAUUUUGAUGAAGUGAGUAGAUGGUGUAAAGACAAUGAAAUAGACCUUGUAGUUGUGGGUCCUGAAGAUCCAUUAGCUGCAGGAAUCUCUGAUCAUCUAACUGCUCAAGGUAUUACGUGCUUUGGUCCAAGCAAAGAGGCAUCUCAGAUAGAGUCGAGCAAGGAAUUCUCAAAGAACUUUAUGAAAAGACAUGAUAUCCCCACUGCCAGAUUUGCAUGUUUUACCAAUGCCGAGGAUGCCAUUAACUACAUAGAAAGUGCAGAUUUCCCAGCCCUGGUUGUCAAGGCUUCAGGAUUAGCUGCUGGGAAAGGUGUUGUCAUAGCGACCAAUAAAGCGGAGGCUUGUCAAGCUGUGAAGGAAUGUUUACAGGAGAAAAAAUUUGGUGCCUCAGGUGAGACAGUUGUUGUGGAGGAGCUUCUCCAAGGCGAAGAAGUCUCAAUCCUGGCCUUCAGUGAUGGAACCACAGUGUCGUUAAUGCCAGCAGCUCAGGACCAUAAACGUCUCCUAGAUAGAGAUGAGGGACCUAACACAGGGGGCAUGGGGGCUGUAUGCCCAUAUCCAAAGGUUGGCUUUUCUGACUUGAGAAAGAUCAAGGAAGAUAUAAUGCAGAAAACUGUUCAGGGUCUCAAAGAGGAGGGAAUACCUUACGUUGGAGUGUUGUAUGCAGGCUUAAUGAUGACUGAUGAUGGACCAAAAGUUCUUGAGUAUAACUGUAGAUUUGGAGAUCCUGAGACACAGUCUAUUCUACCUUUGAUGAAGUCUGACCUAUAUACAACUUGUGUUGCCUGUGUGAAAGGUACACUGAAUGACAAUUUACCAGAGUAUGAUCUUGCCAAGAAAGUCUUAGGUGUGGUGCUGGUUAGUGGGGGAUAUCCUGGUGCAUAUAAGAAAGGAUGUGCUAUCACAGGUUUAGAAGAGGCAGAAAAUCUGGGCAUCACUGUAUUUCAUGCAGGAACAGCUGUGAAAGAUGACAGUCUAGUUACCAGUGGGGGUCGCGUCCUGGCUGUGAUGGCCAUGGAGUCCAACUUUGAGACAGCGGCAUCAGUGGCACAGAAGGGGGCAGAAAUGAUCAAGUUUGAUGGAGUCUAUCAUAGAAAGGAUAUAGGAUUUAGAGUUGUUAGUAGGUCUUUACACACACCACCAUUGAGUUACAAGGAUGCAGGUGUAGACAUUGCUGCAGGCAAUAAUCUAGUGCAGGCCAUAAAACCACUGGCUGCUUCAUCAACCAGAUCUGGGUGUAUGGCAGCUCUUGGAUCGUUUGGUGCCCUCUUUGACCUGAAAGCUGCUGGUUUCCAGGAUCCUAUUCUGGUGUCUGGCACAGAUGGGGUUGGAACCAAACUCAAGAUAGCGCAGGCGAUAGAACAUCACAAGUCCAUUGGUAUAGACCUUGUAGCAAUGUGUAUCAAUGAUAUACUUGCACAUGGAGCAGAACCUCUGUAUUUCCUCGACUAUUAUGCUACGGGGAAGUUGAAGGUCAGUGUGGCAAGGGACGUCAUUGAAGGAAUCACUGAAGGUUGCAGACUGGCUGGUUGUGCUCUUGUUGGUGGGGAGACAGCAGAAAUGCCGGGCAUGUAUCAGCAAGGAGACUAUGAUAUCGCUGGGUUUGCUGUGGGUGCUGUAGAACGUAACAAGAUUUUACCACGUGUUCAGAAUAUACGAGUCGGCGAUGCUGUGAUUGGGCUAGGAUCGAGUGGUCUCCAUAGUAACGGAUUCAGCUUGGUUAGAAAACUUGUGGAAAAGCUUGAGUUGAGAUAUGAUAAACCGUCGCCAUUCAAAACUGGAAACAGUCUUGGAGAUGACCUUUUAACCCCGACCAGAAUAUACGUGAAUUCCGUGCUACCAUUGAUGAAGACUGGAGAUGUUAAAGCUUUUGCCCACAUCACUGGGGGAGGUCUGAUAGAGAAUAUACCCAGAAUCCUCCCAGACGGACAUAGAGUUAGGCUAGAUGCCAGUAAAUGGAACAUGCCUCCCGUGUUUGGCUGGCUUUCAGAAAAGGGUAAUAUCCCAGAGAGUGAGAUGGCCAAGACAUUUAACUGUGGUAUUGGGGCAGUACUUAUUGUUGACCAGUCACUAGCCAGUCAGAUUGUGGAACAGCUCUCUAGUAAUGGAGAAACAGCAGCUGUGAUUGGAUCUGUGGAGAAACAAACGGGAGAGCGACGCGUGAUCAUAGAGAAACUGCAGUCUGCCCUGAUACAGUGCUGGAGGCAUGUUCCUGGUGUGAGCAGGAAAAAGAGAGUUGGUGUACUUAUAUCUGGCUCAGGUACCAAUUUGCAGGCAUUGAUAGAUUUCACACGUGAUGCUUCAAACUUCAGUGCUGCCGAGCUAGUGCUUGUGAUCUCAAACAAGCCAGAUGUUCCAGGUCUUAAACGAGCAGAAAAGGCUGGUAUUGCUACCAAGGUGAUAAGCCAUAAGAACUAUGGUAGUAGAGAAGAGUUUGAUGAUGCGUUACAUCACAGUCUUGUAGCUGCAGGAGUGGAAAUCGUGUGCCUUGCUGGUUUCAUGAGGAUUCUCUCUGGUGACUUUGUUAAGAAAUGGUCCGGGAGAAUGUUGAAUGUCCAUCCGUCAUUGCUGCCAUCCUUCAAAGGACAUGACGCUCAUUGGCAAGUCCUCAAGUCUGGUGUACGCAUUUCUGGCUGUUCUGUACACUUUGUCGCAGAAGAAGUAGAUGCCGGAGCCAUCUUGGUCCAAGAGUCAGUGCCAGUCUACCACGAUGAUACGGAGGAUAUCUUAAGUGAGAGGAUCAAACAAAAAGAACACAAAGCCUACCCAAAGGCUCUGGAAAUGGUGGCGAGUGAACAGGUUAAACUAAAACCUGAUGGUCGCAUUGAGUGGUGUUUCUGAGAAUUUAGAUAUUCUCUGUUGAAAAUCGCUUAUGUUGCCAUACCUUGCUUCUGUUGUUAAAUAUUCGCACUGUGAGAUUAAGCAUGACAAAUGAAAUUUUUUUGUAAAAAAUAACUUUAGUAUCAUAUUUGUUUAAGUUUUGUUGAUAUUUUUUUCUAAAUAUUGUUUAAUCAUAUUGUUAAUAAAUGAGUAUUUUUUUCAUAUUCUCCACUUAUUACGUACUGUGAAAUCAUUAAUAUUUGUGGAUUUUGUGGUUGAGUCCGUCCACAAAAUUUUAACCCAACAAACAAAUAAAAUUUCCAUUCAUUUUCUGUUAAAAGUUGGAAUCAGCAAAUUCGUAUCCCCACAAAAUUGCAGUUUUGACAAAAAGCACAAAAUUCAUUGCCCACGAAAGUAAAUAACUUUACAGUAUAAAAUAAUAAAGCGAAGUUGCACAUAUCUUGCUAUAUUUGAGAUUUUUUAAAAUUUAGAAGCAUUUAAAAAGACCAAAAUAUUCAAUAGUAUGGUAAGUGAUAAAAUUGACUAUGUAGUUAGCAAAAGUACUGAUACUUUUAUAUGAAUCUGGAGGCAUGUUUCCUAAAGUAAAUGCCCUUUACUUUUACUUUCUUUACUUUUACUUUUCGUUAUUGAAAUCAAACAAAAUGUGUUCAUAAACAAAUUUGAUCUCAGAUAUUUAUGUCAUUGUACACAAAUCAUGUGACUUGCAAAUACUCAUUUCCAUUGAUAAUUUGGUGCAUUUAUGAGUUUUUUUUAUAGAUAUAUAUAUUCAUGAGAUUAUCUUUUUUGAAGAGUGCUUAUGCAAAAUGUUUUUUUUUUUCAUUGUAUAACACUUGAUAAUGAAAAUGUGUUCAGUUAAUUUUUGCUACAUUUGUUUUGUUAUUUUUCAGUUGAGUUUCAAGUAAAAUGUGUAGUAAUAAAUGAGGUUAGUGAUUUUAUGACCAAAUGUUUGUUUUUCAUUGUUGUUAAUGUAACUAUACAACUACUGUGUUAUUUAAGUUUACAGUCUUAUUGAAAUGUUGCUUCUUUUCUUCACUAGAAAUCCUGAAAUUCUAAUUAUUGAGAUUUCAAACUUUUGCAGGUGUGUGUAGGAGUUUAUUUUUUAACUAUGUGGCCUCUUGCCAGAGGGGUUAAUGAAUUUUUAGGAAAGCUUGCUUGUGAAACUUUGGUGCUUGCUAAGAAUGUAAGAUGGUGCUUAGGUAUAAUUUGUUAAGGACUUAUAGUUUUUAGUUUCAGUAGGUUGGGGUUAAGAGGCACAGUUGCUGUAAAGUAUCUAUAGCUCUGUGCUAAUAGGGAAACUUGUUGAAAUGUCUCUUUAGUUAAGGGAUAAUAGGGACAGAUGCUGAAAAUUUUCUGUAGGUCAGGAUAAAUAGGGACAAUUGUAAAGUUUCUGUAGUUCAGGAUUAAAAGGGACAGUUGCUGUAAAGUUUCUUAGGUCAGGAUCAAAAGGGACAUUUGCUGUAAAGUUUCUGUAGUUCAGGAUUAAUAGGGACAAAACUGUAAAGUUCUUGUAGUUGAGGAUUAAUAGGCACAACACUGUAAAGUUUCUAAGUUCAGGAUUAAAGGGACAGUUGCUGUAAAUAUCUGUAGUUCAGGAUUAAUAGGGACAAAACUGUAAAGUUCUUGUAGCUGAGGAUUAAUAGGGACAACACUGUAAAGUUUCUAAGUUCAGGAUUAAUAGGGACAGUUGCUGUAAAGUUUCUUAGUUCAGGAUUGAUAGGGACAAAACUAAAGUUUCUGUAGUUCAGGAUUAAUAGGGACAGUUGCUGUAAAGUUUCUUAGUUGAGGAUUAAUAGGGAAAAAACUGUCAAGUUUCUGUAGUUCAGGAUUAAUAAGGACAGUUGCUGUAAAGUUUCUUAGUUCAGGAUUAAUAGGGACAAAACUGUAAAGUUUCUGUAGUUCAGGAUUAAUAAGGAUAGUUGCUGUAAAGUUUCUUAGUUCAGGAUUAAUAGGGACAAAACUGUAAAGUCUCUGUAGUUUAGGAUUGAUAGGGACAAUUGUUGUAAAGUUUCUUAGUUGAGGAUUAGUAGGGACAAAACUGUCAAGUUUCUGUAGUUCAGGAUUAAUAAGGACAGUUGCUGUAAAGUUUCUUAGUUCAGGAUUAAUAGGGACAAAACUGUAAAGUUUCUGUAGUUUAGGAUUGAUAGGGACAGUUGUUGUAAAGUUUCUGUAGUUCAGAAUUAAUAGGGACAAAACUGUAAAGUUUCUUGGUUCAGGAUUGAUGAGGAUAGUUAAUGUAAAAUUUCUUAGUUCUUGAUAAAUAGGAAUAUACAUGUAAAGUUGCUGUAGUUCAGGAUUGAUAGGGGCAGCUGUUGUAAAGUUUCUGUAGUUCAGGAUUGAUAAUAACAAUUGCUGUAAAGUUUCUUAGUUUAGGAUAAAUAGGAACAUAACUGUAAAGUUUCCAUAGUUCAGGAUAAAUAUGGACAACACUGUAAAUAUUCUGUAGUUCAGGAUUAAUAGGGAUAGUUGCUGUAAAGCGUUUAUUUUAUAGGGUAAAUAAGAACAGUUGCUGAAAACUUAAGUGUCUUAAUACAGGGUUAAUAGGGAUGGUCACAGUAAAUUUUCUGUAGUUCAGGGUUAAUGAAACAGUGGCUGUAAAGUUUCUAUAGUUUUGGAUUAAUAAGUAUACAACUGCUGUAGUUUCUAUAGUUCAGACUUAAUAGACAGAGAUGCUUAAGAUUUUCUGUUGUUAAGGUUUUAUAGGGGCAGAUGUUGUCUGGUUUCUAUAGUUUAGUCUUAAUAGGGAUGGUUGCUGUAAAGUUUUUAUAGUUCAGGGUUAAAAGGGAUGAUUGCUCAAUGGUUCAGGGUUAAUAGGGAUGGUUGCUGUAAAGUUUCUAUAGUUCAGGGUUAAAAGGGAUGAUUGCUUAAUGGUUCAGGGUUAAUAGGGAUGGUUGCUGUUAAGUUUCUAUAGUUCAGGGUUAAAGGGGAUGGUUGCUGUAAAAUUUCUAUAGUUCAGGGUUAAAAGGGAUGAUUGCUCAGCCUGUAAAGUUUUUACAAGUAGUACAGAAUUAAUAGGGACAGUUUGCUGUAAUUUUCUACAGGUCAGGGUUUAAUGGGACAGUGGCUGUAAAGUUCCUAUAGACCAGGAUUACAAAUGACAACUCCUAUGUUAUUCUGGCUGGUUACAAGUACUGUGUAGCAAUGCUUUCAAGUGAAAUUUGUGUUAGAAUAGACUGUACUUCAAAUGACAAAUUAAGAUUAUGUGAAUUAUAGAUGAAUUUCUGCUAUUCAGAUGUGCCAUAUAAAUUUUUUUGCUGACUAGCUGAAAGAGUGGAAAUAUUUAUAGAGUCUUUUUUAAAUGAUACACUUAUUAUAGACUUGACAAUUAUUUUCAACUCACCAGAGGUGCUCAUGGUCGACUGUUGUGGUCAAAUUGUGUCCAUCAUGCAUCCGUCCGUCAGUCCCUUAUCAGUAAUUUCUUUAAACAACAUCUCCCCCUAGAACUACUGAAUUGAUAUUAAUGAACUUGGCCUGAAGGUGUUUGGGUGGUCCUCUAGUAAAGUUGUUCACAAGGUUUCGCUAAUGGUCCUUAUGUAACCUUGUUCCAAGGUUGUUCAAAUUAUUCUGAUUCGUUAAAAAGCAUGGACACUAGAGGGCAUGGUCACUUUUCCCUAUAUUGAUGUAGUGGAAAAUUCUUCCUGUUUGAUAUAAUCAUAUCAGAUCAUUCCCCUAACUUCUUACCUUGCCUCCCCCAACACACAUACACAUUUCCUGUCCAUAUGUAUUUAGUAGAAGCUUUUGAAAUGUUCUUGUUGGAAAACACCUGCCUAUUUUAGUAUACUUUCAUAGACAGUUUCCUCGCACAACCAUCUGCCAAAACUGUUCAUGAACUCAGGUGAGUGAUAUAGGACCAUCAUGGCCCUCUAGUUGUAAUUAAUCUCCAGCCGUGGCGGAGGGAUUAUAGGAAUGGUCUGCGUCCGUUCUUCCGUCCGUAACAAAAUCGUGUCCGGUCCAUAUCUCCUAAACCCUUUGAAGGAUUUUCAUGAAACUUGGGUCAAAUGAUCACCUCAUCAAGACGAUGUGCAGAACCCAUGAGUCAGCCAUGCCGGCUCAAGGUCAAGGUCACAACUCAAGGUCAAAGGUUUGAGCCUUCCAUUAUGUGUCCGCUCUAUAUCUCCAAAACCCCUUGAAGGAAUUUUAUAAAACUUGGGUCAAAUGAUAACCUCAUCAAGACGAUGUGCAAAACCCAUGAGUCAGCCAUGCCGGCUCAAGGUCAAGGUCACAACUCGAGGUCAAAGGUUUGAGCCUUCCAUUUUAUGUCCGCUCUAUAUCUCCUAAACCCCUUCAAGGAAUUUUAUAAAACUUGGGUCAAAUGACCACCUCAUCAAGACGAUGUGCAGAACCCAUGAAUCAGCCAUGCCGGCUCAAGGUUGAGGUCACAACUGAAGGUCAAAGGUUUGAGCCUUCCAUUUUGUGUCCGCUCUAUAUUUCCUAAACCCCUUGAAGGAUUUUCAUCAAACUUGGGUCAAAUGAUCACUUCAUCAAGGUGAUGUGCAAAACUCAUGAGUCAGCCAUGCUGGCUCAAGGUCAAGGUCACAACUCUAGGUCAAAUGUUUUAGUCUUCCAUUUCGUGUCUGCUCUAUUAUCUCCUAAACCCCCUUCAAGGAAUUUUAUAAAACUUGGGUCAAAUGAUCACCUUAUCAAAUUGAUGUGCAGAACUUACGAGUCAGCCAUGCUGGCUCAAGGUCAAGGUCACAGCUUAGGGUCAAAGGUUUGAGCCUUCCAUUUUGUGUCCACUCUGUAUCUCCUAAACCCCUUGAAGGAUUUUCAUCAAACUUGGGUCAAAUGAUCAUCUCAUUAAGAGCUCAUGAGUCAACCAUGUCAACUCAAGGUCAAGGUCACAACUCAAGGUCAAAGGUUUGAGCUCUGUAUCUCUUAAACCCCUUGAAGGAUUUUCAUGAAACUUUGGUCAAAUGAUCACCUCAUCAAGAUGUUGUGCAAAAUUCAUAAGUCAGCAAUAUCAGUUCAAGGUCAAGGUCACAGCUAAAGGUCAAAGGUUUACCAUUUAACUAUCCAUAACAGCGGCGGGGGAUUUAGCUGUCUUUCAGACUGCCUUGUUCAUCUAGGUAAAAAUGUUAUUUGUUUACAUAUUAGUGUAACUGAUGGAUUUUGAGGUAACAAUUUUUCUCUUUUGUAUUUAAAAGUCUUCAGAGCAUUUGUGUUUGAAAUGUGCACUAACAAUCAAAAUGCUGUCUCGUUUAUGUAUACAUGCAGUUCCUGUUAAGAUAGUUGGUAAAGUUAGAUUUUUUUUGACUUAUUUUCGUUAUUUGUUUUCUUGAAAAGAGUUUUUGAUAAUCUACUAGUAUAUGAUACUUACAGUUGUGAUUAAUAGAAUGUUUUGUAUUAUAUUUUUGUAUGAAAUAGAAAGAAGAUACUUU